AAGCGGCUUCCUCAGGCCGGCAGGUGGCUUUGUGACGCAGUCGGCGUUGGAUACGGGACGGGGGGAGCUUGUGUCUGAUGCUUUUAAAGACAUCCUGGGCCCUCGCAGAAAAUUCUGAUCCCGGUGCCGCUCAAGUCCUCGCUCGCAGCUGGAUCCGUCUGGACACCAUGAACGAAGAGUCACUGGCUGGCACCUCUUCGCUGUACUCCAGCACCUUUGCCCAAGUCAUCUUUGUCAACAUAGAAAAGCAGUACACAACAGACGUUGCUGUGAAAUGCAAUUACAUCCUGACCCCCAGGAUCACGCCCCAUAAGAACGACUGGAUUGGAAUUUUCAAGGUUGGAUGGAGUACAGCUCGAGAUUACCACACGUUUGUCUGGGCCCCUCUCCCAAAGGAGGCCGGUCAGGUGGAACGUCAGCAGCAAGUAACGUUCGAAGCUUAUUAUCUUCCUAAGGACAACAAUGACUUUUACCAGUUCUGCUACGUCACUCAGAAGGGAGAGAUUCGAGGAGCCAGCACACCCUUCGGGUUCCGGCUUGCAAACAGCGGCACGCCUGACCGUCUGGACAGCGAUUCUGGUCAAGAGAUGCUCGUCAUCACCACGCAGGAAAAACUGGAGGAAACGGAGAGGGAGAAAGACGAGCUGAGGGAGAGCAAUCGGAGGCUGACCACGGAAAAUGCAGCGUUGAAGGGGAAGAUCAAUGAGCUCAAAACGCAGGCGGCGAGAGAGGAGGAGGAGCAUUCCGCAGCGCUGAAGGUGAAUCAGGAAGCAGUGUUGGAAAUGGAGAAACAGGUAUUGGAGCAGAAGUUGAAGUCUGAGUUGGAACUGAAGGCCCAGAGUGAGAAGCAGGAACAGCUCAGAAAGGUCCUGACCGAGAAGGAGGCGGCUUGUUUGACCCUGCAGAUGGAAAAGCAGGACCUGCUGGCCGAGGUGGAAUCGGCCCGGAGCUCGGCAGAGCAGCUGAAGCAGAAGAACGGGAAGGCCGGGGAGAAGCUGAAACAGCUUCGGCAAGAGAACGAGCGGCUCAGGGCGGAGAUCAGUGCCAAGGAGGCCGAGCUGACAAGCCUGACGGAAGUGAAGAAUAAGUCGGCGAGUGAGUUGAAGGCUGCGCAGGAGCGACUCCAGCUCGUUCAGUUUGACUUUGAAACCAAGAGGAAGGAAAAUGUGGCAUUGAAGGAGGACCUGAUGAAGUUGGCCGAGGUGCGGAAUGAGCAGCAGAAUUGCCUGGCCGAGAUUUCCCAACUGCGCCAAGCCCUCAGCAAGUCCGAGGAACUGAAGGCAUCCAACGCCAGCACUGUGGAGAAGCUCCAGGAGCAAGUGGGGGAUCUCCAGCAGUGCCUGAUGGACAUGGAGAAGCAAGUGAGGUCGGCCCAGCAGCAGCAGGCUCAGACCGCGGCCGAGCUGAUGGUCGCUCAGGCCGGUCAGGAGCAGAGCCAGAGGAGCCUCCGUGACGCCCAACAGGAGAUCCAGCACUGGAAGUACAAAUUCGAGAAGGUCGACGAAAUCUUCUCAAAGAGUGAGGGGAAGUGCACGGAGCUUGCACGCGAGCUGGACGUGAAGACCCGCGCCUUGGACGUUCGCGAUGCAGAGGUGGCUGAUUUACAGGAGGAGGUGACUGAAUUACAGGAGGAGAUGGAGGGGAAGUGCACGGAGCUUGCACGCGAGCUGGACGUUAAGACCCGCGCCCUGGACGUUCGUGAUGCAGAGGUGGCUGAUUUACAGGAGGAGAUCGAGAGACUGACUAAGAGGAUUGAGGAGUUGAGGCCCAGCACAGACCAUCAGAGUGGAGCGUUCAGAUUGGAACACGCCAAUCCUUACAGCAUGAACGUUCCAACAGCACAUUCUGCCCAUCCAGAGCUCCUGUUUGGCAACCCGUACUUCGAGAGAGCAGGUGCCGCGGAACCAUCAGCGGAUCAAUUUGUUGAUCUUCAGCAAGACCUGAAUGACUUGGAGAAUUUCCAGGACUUUGAAGCGGAGCUGCCCGUUACCAGCCAGAAGUGCCCCGUCUGCCUCUUCCCGUUCGACCCGGCCAUGGAGGAGUCGGUGAUGGAGCAGCACAUCUCCACGCACUUUGGUCACGAUUGUCCCAUUUGUGAGCAGCAUUUCCUGGAGAACCAGCAGACCCAGUACGCAAGCCACGUCCAAUCUCACUUCGCAGCGGCCAGCUGAGGGGCAGGGCGCACGAGUUCUGCUUUACGGACUGACUAACAUUUCCGCUAUUAAUUUUAAUUGUGUGUGUGUGUGUGUUUCAUUCUGCCUGGGCAAUAAAAUGUAGCCUUUUGCCCUCGGGGAAUAUUGCACCUUCAAAGGGCUGGGUCAAGUGUUGGCCGACACCCACCUUCAAAUCCAUCCCCUGGCAUUUACGGGAAAAUCAGGAAAUGAAAACAACCAAGGAGCAAAAAGAAGAUGGAUUUUGUAGAGUUCCCUUGCAAGUUAGCCUCUGUAGUUUGUGGAAUUAGUUUAGGGUUGAGGUGGACGAAGUGAUGGGGGGGUUGGGGGUAAUAACUGUUCCUGAACCUGGUAGUAUGGGAGCUGAGGCUCCUGUACCUCCCUCCCAAUGACAGCAGGGAGAAGAGAGCACGGCCUGGGUGCUGGGGGUCCCCGAUGAUGGGUGCCGCCCCUUGUAGACGUCCUGGGUGGUGGUGGGGAGGGCUUCACCUGUGAUGGACUAGGAGAGAUGAAAUUGACAUGGGCGGUAGCGGUGGAGAUCCCUCUCCACCAAAGGAGGUGGAAGGUGCUCCUUCCCUCCGCGAGCCUGCAGGUCGCCCUUCGGCAAGGUGUAUGUGGUUUACUCCCCCACCCCCCCACCCCUGAUCAGGGUAACGACGGGAACAGGUGAUGGCUGGUGGGAGGGGCAGCCGGUGGAGAUCGCAAGUCCUCUGGAGGUCAGCUCCAGUUCUCUGAUUUCUGCUGUCCUCCAACUCUUAGACUUCCGGCAUUCCCUCCACCCUUCCCUCUUCAACUCCCCACUCUUGUCCUCUUCUCCUCACCUGCCUAUCACCUCCACACGGUGUGGCUGUCCCUCCUCUUUGCCUUUCUCCCGCGGUCCAUUCUCCUCUCCUCUCAGAUUCCUUCUCCUCCAGCCUUUUGCCUUUUCCCCCGUCACCUCCCGGCUUCCAUCGGCCCCUGGCUUGUCCUAUCGUCUUCCAGCUUGUCCUCCUUGCCUUCCCCCACCACCUUAUUCUGGCCUCUUCCUCCCCCCACCCACCACCUCCUUCUCAGUCUGGCCCAAAACUUCAACUAUUUAUUUCCACAGAUGCUGCCUGACCUGCUGAGCUCCUCCAGCAUUGUGUGUGUGUGUGUGUGUGUGUGUGUGUGUGUGUGUCUGUCUGUCUGUGAGUGUGUGUGUCAGUGUGUGUGUGUGUCAGUGUGAGUGUGUGUGUGUGAGUGUGUGUGUGUGUGUGUGUGUCAGUGUGAGUGUAUCUGUGAGUGAGUGUGUGUGUGUGUCUGUGAGUGUGUGUGUGUGAGUGAGCGUGUGUGUGUGUGUGUCUGUGAGUGUGUGUGUGUGUCUGAGUGUGUGUGUGUGUGUGUGUGUGUGUGUGUCAGUGUGAGUGUGUGUGUGUGUGUAUGUGUGUGUAUCUGUGAGUGAGUGUGUGUGUGUGUCUGUGAGUGUGUGUGUGUGUGAGUGAGCGUGUGUGUGUGUGUGUCUGUGAGUGUGUGUGUGUGUCUGAGUGUGUGUGUGUGAGUGAGCGUGUGUGUGUGUGUGUGUGUGUCUGUGUGAGUGUGUGUGUGUGUGUGAGUAAGUGUGAGUGUGUCUGUGUGUGAGUGAGCGUGUGUGUGUGUGUGUCUGUGAGUGUGUGUGUGUGUCUGAGUGUGUGAGUGUGAGUGAGCGUGUGUGUGUGUGUGUGUCUGUGUGUGUGUGUUUGUGUGUGUGAGUAAGUGUGAGUGUGUGUGUGUGAGUGUGUCUGUGUGAGUGUGUGUGUUGUGAAGCGAAGAUACUUUCAAAAACACUGAACUGAAAAGUUUCUAAAUAUCAAAAAAAAACUAUAAAGAGCAAUAAACAAUAAGGAACUAAAUUAAAUCACUAUUUGGUGUGACUCCCACACACCCGCCCUGCCUUUAGAACUGCACCACUUGCCUUGGGUGCACUGUUGUGCAGUUUCAUAAGAAAGUCGGCUGCUGGGCUGUUCCGAGCACCUUGGGAGAACUUGCCGCAGCCCUUCUGCAGACUCCGGCUGUGUCGCUGGCUCCUGCCUCCCUGCGGAAUGCCGGACAGCCUCGGUCGAUGAUAAUUGACCUCGGGGCUCUGCGCGGGACAGGGCGCCUGAGCCCUUUGCACCAGACCCGGUGUCUGUCCAAGAUCUGUGCAGGGGGCGGAAGGGUGUGGAGAUUGCCUAGGCAGGAGGCAUCAGUGUAGUGGGCAUUUGGACUCCAAUUGGUUUGGCAUAACAUUGUGGGCCGAAGGGCCUGUGCUUGUCCUCUGCUAUGCUACGAAUCCAGAUUAACUGAAUAUCAUACAUUUCCUUUUUAUCCAAACCAUAUAUUCUGCCUUUGCACACACAUAUAUAACAGCAUAUUUCCAACAGAACUGCAGUCCGGCUUGCUAUGAGCAGCACAGUGUACCCUUUGCUGGUGAAGCAAGCCCAGAUUUCAUACAUUUCAUAAUUGGGUACCUGUGCGGCUGGGGAUCCCUGGCCACUUCCUCUCCUGGUCUGGGUGAGUUGCUGCAUCAGUAAUUUGCUUUUGAGCCGCUUCUGCUGACGUCCAAAGCAGCACUGGAUUGAGAAUUUGCUUCGAUAACUUGCAUCUCAUCUGAACAGCUUGGGGUUGCGUCCACGAUCGUUUCUGCUGGCACUUUGUUGAAUGGUUGAGGAAGAACUCGGUGUGUACCUAAGAGAGUUUUAUGAAUCAGAACACUGUGCUCAUCCCUUGGUGAUUUUGAUAAUGGUGGAAACAUUGUUGAAUGGUAGAUUUAAACUGUGCUUAUCCAAGGAAUCUGACUUGCACUUAGCGCAAGCAGAUUAUUUUCUUGGCUGUUGUAAAUCGGACAUGAAGAUUUGUCAGAUACGCCAUUAAAAUGUGAUGUUGGGUGCUUUAUUUUUCAAAGUCGAAGUUCAUUGUCAUAUAAACGCAGGGCUGCAAUAAAUACUCAAGAUCUCCUUA